UCCAUGGUUCCAAUAAUGGCGGACAGAAACGAAAAGCAGUUGAUGGAGCUGCUAAAGAGACCUGGAAAUAAUGUGUGUGCUGAUUGUGGGAGCAAAAAUCCAGAAUGGGCCUCUUACAAUAUAGGUAUAUUUGUAUGCACACGAUGUGCAGGGGUUCAUCGAAGUAUGGGAGCUCACAUCUCAAAAGUAAAACAUUUGAAGCUUGAUCGAUGGGAAGAUAGUCAGUUAGAACGCAUGAAAGAGGUUGGCAACAAUGCAGCCCGUCUCAGAUACGAAGAGAGAGUGCCUCCAUGCUACCGAAAGCCUGUUGAAGAUGACCCACAGGUUCUGGUUGAGCAGUGGAUUCGAGCAAAGUAUCAGCGUGAGGAAUUUUGUCAUCCUGAACGUCAGGGUUAUGUAUCAGGAUACAUGGAAGGGUUCCUUAUGAAGAGAGGUAAAGAGGACAGCCGUUAUCAUCCCCGUAAAUUUGUUUUAUCUGAAGCUGAUGACACAUUAAAAUACCAUGUGAAAGAGAAGAAGGAUCCAAAGGCAGUUUUAAGGCUGUCAGAAUUAAAUGUUGCAUUUGCACCUCAGAAGACUGGAAAUUUAAAUUCCCUUCAGCUUACAUUUAUUAAAGAUGGUUCUACUAGGCAUAUAUAUGUUUAUCAUGAUGAUCCUGCAGUUAUUGUUAAUUGGUAUAUGGCUAUUCGAUGUGCUAAACUUCACAGACUUCAAGUUGCAUAUCCAGCUGCAAAUGAAUCUGAGUUGGUUGGACAUUUGACGAGAGACUUCAUUCGUGAAGGUUGGCUGUAUAAGACGGGACCACGUAGUUCAGAUGCAUACAAGAAAAGAUGGUUCACCAUGGACAAUCGGAAACUCAUGUAUCACGAUGAUCCUUUGGAUGCUCACCCAAAAGGAGAGAUAUUUCUGGGGCACGUAUUGGAUGGGUACAGUGUUAGGGUCGGUGUUCCACCUGGAACAAGGGAUCAGGGUUUUUCUUUUACUCUUCGCACACCUGAGCGCUCAUACAAUCUGUCUGCUGCUAGUGAUGAGGAUCGGGAUGAAUGGAUACAGGCUAUAGACAGUGUGUUGGAGCGCCCGCUUACUCCGCAGGAUAGUUCUAUUGCAGCUCGUUUAGUGCGCAAGCGAGUCUCCAGCAGCACAAUGAAUAUUUUCUCAGCCAGGUAGUUGAAACACAGCACAAUGUAAUGUAAUAUUAUGUUGUAUGGGUAUGUGAAGUAGGUUAACAGUACAGUCCCACAAGUUCAAGUUCCGCUGAAUGUUUUAACGAUGGCACAAUGAUUCUGUUUAUGUAUGGUAUCAUUUCCUUUUCUUAAAGGAGAGUGAAACAAAAUACAAAAUUGACAGGAGAUAGGAAGACUGUUAUAUAUGAAAUAAAAGCCCAUUGACUCUUAAUGGAGAAGGGGUGGGAUUUUGGUUUGACUGUGUCAUGAAUUUCUUAUUUGAAGGUCAGGGUGAUUUGCGAUGAGUUCUGCCAUUGACAGAUUAAAUUUCACUUAGUGCAUGGUGUUGUAUGAGGCCUAUAGCACUUUUUAAACCUUUAUUACCAACAUGUCAUUUUAUCUCAUCUGUCAUGAUUCAAGUCACUGGAGUGAAAUGAUAAUAUAUACUGUCAAGGUUUGAAUUUCACUUCACCUGUGACUUCAGCUCGUAGCCUUGGGUGUGUCUUCAUUAUGUUUCCAUGCAUGACAUGGAGUAAGCAAGCUAGUAUUUGGUAACACUGUACUCUUUAAUAAAGUUUUGUAUUUUUCAGAUACAUUGACUAGGCUCAGAACAUUGUAAAAUGUAACAUUCAAAAUAAAUUUGGAGUUGAUAUGAACUGAAUAAAAACGUUUUUAGUAAAGAAGGCAAAUAGAGACACUAGAUAUGUAUUCAUAUCAUAUAUGGAAGAUACUGGAAGUCUUAUAGAAGGUACUAACCUGCUUAGGAUUUAUAGAAUGUAAAUAAAUUCAAUUCAAUUCAGUAAACCCUCACUAAUCUGGUUACAGAUAAUCUGGAUUGAAAUAUGGAAAAUGAAAAAUUCUGUUCACAGUUGGGUACAUUCUUUAAAAUGCACAUGGGAUUUAGGAGCAGUAGGACUUUCAAACUGUGUUGAGGACAGUUGGAGAGACUGAAGUCAUGCAAGAAAAUAUCCAAGAUUGGUUUGAGCUGGAUGGAGAUCCUGGAUUUCAGCUUCUGACAGAGGAAUAAAUUGUUGCAAUGAUUCUUAUUAUUUAUUUUCUUCUAUAUUUCUGACUUUCCGUUUAUUCAUUUUCUAAUUUUUUUAGGGUUGUCUUUUGCUUCAUUAAUGUGGAUUAUCAGUUAAUCCAUGUGACCUCUAUCCCCAGAUUAAUCCAAAUUAGCAUGGGUUUACUGUACUAGCAGUUGGUUUCCUGCCUGCAUGCAUAGUGGAAUAUCUUGUAUACAGGUAGAUAAUUGUUAGCAACAUGGGCCAUAAAUCAUGUGUUAAACUUCCUGCUUUGCUUUGUUACAGAUAAAGUGAAAUAUAUUGAAAUCCUUAUUUAAUGAAUCUAUAGGGGAAUUAUUUUUCUUAUGCCACUUAACGGUUAUGCAACAGUUAACAUCUAACUAAUUCUAACUUUUUCACUAAUUGUAAGCUUCAUCCUCUACAUAGACACCAUAACUAACAAUAAAGAAGAAAAAAUGUUAUUGAUGCCACUUGUCAAAGAUUGUAGCUGAGAGUGACAUCUGGCAUCAAAGAGAGAAUUGUGAAUAACAGUUGUUUCAACCACAACACUAAAUUGAUGCAUGAAGAUUGAACAUUGCUUACAGUUAAUGUGGGUUAUUUACUGAAUCAAAAUUUGCUAAAUAAAAAGAAAAAAUUCAUUGUUUAUAUGGCACUUCAGCUGGGACCACAAGGAGUUUUCAAUAAAUAUGGGAUUUCGCCAACUGUGGGAACACUGAAUUGGGAUCUUGUAAAAUGAGAAAGUAUUACUGUCAGAGUAUGUGUUGAACCAUUUGAGAUUCUUAGUCAAGUAAGGAAGUGUAGCUCAGAGACCUUAGUUAAGAGAAACUAUAAAUUCUGGGAAGUACAACAGAGUUAAUACAAUUGCCAUUGAGACAGUAUCUUGCUGGGGAUUGCAUCUGGAACAACUGAUGAGGAUUCUGUGCAUGUUAACCUGUUCUAAGCUGCGCUACACUGUUGGCUGUUAUAACUGAUUAUUUAUCCACUUCAUGCCCAUGCUGAUAGUUUGCAAGACGUUGAAUGUUAGGCCUUUAACAGUCUUUAUCUCUAUGCCUGUUGGCUCUUUCUGUAAUCCUUGAGGAAGGUAAAUGAUGACAGAAAAAAAUACAUAUCACAUGCAUUUGCCUGAUUUAGUUCAUGUGAGACUGCAGUACUUAUUAAACAGCCAAAAUUACCAUAAAAAGUGAGAAUUAUACUGAUGCAGUGUGUCGCAGCAGGGAAGGUGUGUAAUUACUGGUGUGCUGAAGUAAAUGUCAUUUUUGAAUAUUAUAUUUCAGCAUCCUGUCGCAUUGAGGCAUCAUUCCUGUUAUUCAGGUACACUGUCAGUAAUGCAGCAGUGAUAAAAAAGAUGCCUAAUAUAUAUAUUUUUCACUAAAAGUGUAACUUUAAUACUUUAAAAUGUUAUUAAAUAUCAUAAAAUGCCAUUAAGACACUGCAAGUAUAUCUUAUACACUAAAAAUGAUUAUCAAAAUACUUCAGAAUGUCUUUUUGUUUUUCACAUUGUUUUUACAAUUUUGCAACAAGUUUUGUAGUCUUUACCACCAUGUCUCAGAAUUUGCAAUUUGAAAUAGCUUAGGAGUUUGUGGCCAGCCACAAAAGGCAGUUGGGGAGGACAUUUCUUCUGCAUUUGAAUCUAGUAAUACAGAUAUGAGCAGAACAAAUGCAGUUACUUUACUGUUGUUAGUUAAUAUCUCCUUUCUGCCAGGAUUGCCUGUUUCAUAGUCUUAUUUAUUAUUAAUAUUAUUAUUUAUUUCAUCCAUAGCUGUAGAGAAUUACAAUUGGACAUGUCAAAUAUCAACAACCUCGCAUCAAAAAUAACAUAACAUUCACACAGUGAUUCAUCACUAUAAUGCAGCAAUACAUUUCAAAAUACAUUUUUAACUUAAUUUAAGAAUAAUAAAUACUCCAUCAUCCCAGUUUACAGCUUGUGUUGGUUCCACAUUUGCUGUAUCAUGAUCAUUGCUCUUAGGGGGCCAGUCAUAAGAGAGCGUGACACCUGGGUUAACAUUUAGUAUUUGCAGUGUGAGCUGGUUGGCUAUGUCAUAUAUUUCCCAAGACAGACAUUUUCAUGCACAUGUCUGAUGCAUAUAUUGGGGGUGACUUUUCAGUUACAGUUGUGCAGCAAAUGUCUGUGAUGGAUUUGGGGGGUAGAUGCCAAGUGUGUUUGGUCUACAGUGGCAGGAACAUACAUAUUUCAUAUUUUUUGUACUAGUUGUACAUUCCUUUGUGUCACCAUAAAACAUAAACGUAAUAUCUGGAAAGUUCAGAUGCUGCAGCACUUUGAUGGGUUUUCUUUUGUUUCCUUUAACACCUUCAGCGCCCUUUACCCUUAAUGUAUGAAGAAUUGCCUGUAUUGCUUAUCAGUAAAUGAUCAUGGUGAAUUUUUGUCUGUAAAGAAAUGUUCUCUUUCCUGAACAUUCUAACAAACUGACUGGUGGAAGUUCACUGAUGUCAUAGAGUAAUGUACUGUACUGCAUCUAGCUUCAGGGUUGAAGAAUAAGCUAAGCAGUCGUUCUUCAACCCUGAAGAGGCAGGGAGUAUAUUCCUCUGAAAUGCCUGCACACUUGUACCAGACUACAUGGCAUCACAUCCCAGAAGGUAGUACUCUUCAUAGUUACUUCUGUGAGUUCAUGCUUCAUGUACUGGUAGUUGAAUCUCAAGUAACAAGGGCUGUAUGUAGUUCUGAGCUCUCAGGUUGCAGUCAUACCUUUGGUUUUAUAUCGAAUGAAAUGUAGAAAUUUGUGAUUAAUUAAUUCUAAGGAGUCUUCUAUUUUAGAAUAAGUAAUGUAGAGUCAGCGGUGCACAAUAUUUACGUUGGGGUAAGUGAGUUAUUACCGCAGAGGGCUUUAGUCUGUCUUCAGCUGCCAUUCUCAAUUUUAUGUCAGAUCCUCCUGUAUGUUUUAAAUGCAAAAUCUUAUCAUUUUGUAGAAUAUUGUGAAUUUAGCUUGAAAUCUUCUUGCCUAUAAGUUAAUUUUAUUCUUAAGUUUUAGAGGUAUGAAACUUGCAGUAGAGUUUACAAGUUUCAGAAAGCCAAAUAAAAGGUGUGUAAAGAGAAGACAGAUAAAAUUUCUAGUCACAUGAAAAUUGUUUCCCCCCCCCUUUUCUUCCCCCCCUCCCCGCAUAAUAUUGUAAGUUACAUAAACAUAGAGAGUUGCGAACUUGAAAUUGCUUUAGUAGUCUGAACUACAGGCUGUUACUGAAGCAGGUAGUUCACAUUUAAGAGAAAUUUUAUAUGAGGUUGGAAAUCCAUGACAUUGAAGAAAAUUGUACAAAGGCAGUUUCUUUUAGCUAUUAAAGGCUGUAAACUAACAGAUACAUGACCUGAAGUUGGACGUAUCUAUAAAUACAUUGUUAGAGAAAAAUAGUCAGAACUUGCAUCUUGUUUAAGUAUAAUUGUAUUUAACAUGUAUAAAUUUGGAUAAUCAUAUACUUUGGUGGCUUAUUGUCAUACCUGACAAACCAAGAUAAUCUGCUUAAAAUUUCUUAUGCACAGGUAUGUGUUAGGAUAACACGCAGACUGUCGAAUACUUGAUAGUCUGGAUCACAUUUGAAGGCUAGAUGUGAAAACAUUUUAUUUAGUUUUCAGGCCUGGAAGGUCUAUAAAAUGAAUUGUUUCAUAAAAGAACUGUAAUUUGAGUUGCAUUAUCACUUUUAAAGAGAACUGUUUCAUAUUCCAGUCUACUAUACAAUUACAGUUACAAAGGAUUUAAUUAUUUCUGUAGCAUUUUCUGAUGCCUUCAUCCUGAAGAAUAUCAGUAAUACAGCAAGAACUUAAACUAGUGUGAUUGUACUGUAAUGGGUAAAAAUGGAAGCAAUGAAAUCUGUAAGGUUAUCUGAAAUUGUUACUUACCAUCUUGCCUAGUUGUUUCCAUGAGGCUAUUAACUUCCAUUUAAAACAAUAUCAUGGUAUAGUGUUAUGACCAUAUUCCAUUAUCAUCGCAGAUUGUUAUUUUAAUUUCUCUAAGGCUAUACAUUGUUAUCAGCUGAAGAAUGCAACCGAUUAAGAUUCCAUGCUAUUCUGCAAUAAGUGAAUUGCCUUGUAUAGAAUAUACUUGAUAUAAAUAUGUUGUUAAUUCAUUGAUUUCAAAGGGUUGCUUUCUGAAAGAGGCCCAAAAUUUUUAUUGUAUACAUUGACGUCUUUUAUAUGUAACUAUAUUAAUUUUUUGCCAUACUAUAUUUUCAUUAUUUUAUUCAGGGUGUAUGUACUGUUCAUGGCGUAUAAUAAUUAGAUGGCCGUGCUUAACAUAGAGGUAUGACAACAUUAUAAGUUAUGUAUUAGCCAUCCUUUUUUAUAUAUUUAACUUUAAGUUCCUGUGCAAUAUAUUUGUUCUUUCUUGUGCAGGCGUUCAUAAGCCAUGGUUGAAUCAGAGGGAUACCUCGCCAAGUUAAUGGUACUCAGCAUUUUGAUGUUUGUGUUGGCAUACUAGUCCUCUUGUAAAGGAGAAUUAACAGCUUUGAAAGGGUUAAUUGUAUCGAUAUACUACCUAUAUUAAACUGAGAUGUGGCAACUUACAUCUUAUUUUAAUUAGAAGUUACAGUAUUCCAUUAUGAAGAGAAAUAAUCUUUGUGACAACUGUAAUCCAUUAACUCUAUGCAUAUCAUGUACUGACUUGAUCAUCUUGGGUUCUUGCAUUAAAACAAUCACAGUUGAAGUGAUUGGUAUAUUAUUAA